AUGUCGGUGUUGCGGCCGCUGGACAAACUGCCUGGCCUGAACACGGCCACCAUCUUGCUGGUGGGCACGGAGGAUGCUCUUCUGCAGCAGCUGGCCGAAGCGAUGCUCAAGGAGGAUUGCACAUCGGAGCUGAAGGUCCACUUGGCAAAGUCCCUCCCUCUGCCCUCCAAUGUGAAUCGGCCCCGAAUUGACUUGAUUGUGUUCGUGGUCAACCUUCACAGCAAACACAGCCUCCGGAAUGUUGAGGAGUCCCUGCACCGUGUGGAUGCCACCUUCUUCCUGGGGAAGGUGAGCUUCCUUGCCACAGGCGCUGGGCGGGAGAGCCACUGCAGCAUUCACCGGAACACCGUCAUGAAGCUGGCCCACACCUACCGGAGCCCCCUGCUCUUCUGUGAUCUGGAGAUAGAAGACUUUCGAGACACCAUGGCGCAGCGCCUGGUCCGCAUGCUUCAGAUCUGCGCCGGCCAUGUGCCCAACGUCUCGGCCCUGAACCUGCUGUCCCUGCUGCAGAGCUCUGAGAACCCCUCCCUGGACGACCUGUGA